AUGAGUCAUUUGGACACCUACAACGGCUCGAGACCUUCUUUUGGAUCGGGAGCUUUGACGUCGACACCUUUCACUUUUUUGAAAAAACCAUCCAGCCCACCAAUGCUUAACGAAAGUGAGAAAGCUAAGAAUGGCAUUGACAGUCAUGUUGUUGUCUCUGAGAAACCCAAAGAUUCUGAGCCUCCUGGACUGACUGAUAGUACUCCAAUAUCAACGAAGUCCUUUGAAGAUUUCCACGUGGCGGAAAUAAAGCUUGCGGAAGAGUAUGAUAAAGCCAAGAAACGUGUAGAAGAAAACAAAGAACAGAAAAGCCUGCGUGCCUUAACGAAGCGUACCAUCGUGGAAAAGGUAACAGUGGAGUCGAAGAAAACGGCAUCCCUGCAAGAAAUCGCUUCUGUUUCUGGUUUUCUGUGCAUGCUACUCAAUGGAAAGGAUGUUCUUGGAUAUGGCGAUAAGACUUUACAAUUGCCUGAAGGCGAUUUUAGAUGUUAUGGCUUCAUUGUCACGAUUGAGUCUUACAUGGGCGUCGUUGAACGCGAUCCUUCUUUGGCUCUCGUUAUCAGCCGGAUUUUAACGCUUAUUUGUGGGAACGUGCAACAAUUCGAAGCCGUGCUAUUGGGGAAAAUUCUCAGAACAUCACAAUUGAUAUCGCUGAACGAGGAGAAAUGCAACAAAACCAAUCAGACGUCUGGAGGCCUUGUGGUGAUCUAA